CGGGUCCGAGGCGUCAUGGGGACCCCGCCUCCACCCCGCGCGAGCCACCGGGUGGGGAUUCGGCGCGCUGACGUGGGCGGAUCAAAGCGGCGGUCCGCGCCUUAUAAAGCGCUUGGGCUGGCGGGCGCCGCAGAUCGUGCCGGGAGAAGGGAGAGCUCCAAAGGUUCGCGAGCGCAGGCCGGAGAGCCGAGCACAGCCUUCAGCAGCCGGCAUCCGCGCCCGGGUUGCCAAGAUCCGCAGCGCCCUACUGUGCCGUGUCUAAGGACACGCUGUCCUCGCCGCUCUCACAGACGGGGGCCAGACUCCCAGCUCCAGAGAGCCGCCAGGACUGCGGGAUACGCAGGAAGCGCCAGAAGAGUACCCCGAAGGCGGCGUGCGCGCAGGACCAGCGGUGGUGGCCUGCAGGCGGCGGACUUCGGCGCGGUUCCUGCAGGGUGCGACCCCCGGGAGCGCCGGGCGCGCGCGACGAUGAGGGCGCGGUCGCAGGUCUGCGAGGCUCUGCUUUUCGCCCUGGCGCUCCACACCGGCGUGUGCUAUGGCAUCAAGUGGCUGGCACUGUCCAAGACGCCAGCAGCCCUGGCACUCAAUCAGACGCAACACUGCAAACAGCUGGAGGGCCUAGUGUCGGCGCAGGUGCAGCUCUGCCGAAGCAACCUGGAGCUCAUGCGUACCAUCGUGCAUGCAGCACGGGAGGCCAUGAAGGCCUGCCGUAGGGCCUUUGCUGACAUGCGCUGGAAUUGCUCCUCCAUCGAACUCGCCCCCAACUACCUGCUUGAUCUGGAGAGAGGUACCCGGGAGUCAGCCUUCGUGUAUGCCCUGUCAGCUGCCACCAUCAGCCACACCAUCGCCCGGGCCUGCACCUCUGGCGACCUGCCCGGCUGCUCCUGCGGCCCUGUCCCAGGUGAGCCACCCGGGCCCGGGAACCGCUGGGGAGGAUGUGCGGACAACCUCAGCUACGGGCUCCUCAUGGGGGCCAAGUUUUCCGAUGCUCCUAUGAAGGUGAAAAAAACAGGAUCCCAAGCCAAUAAACUGAUGCGGCUACACAACAGUGAAGUGGGGAGACAGGCUCUACGCGCCUCCCUGGAAACGAAGUGUAAGUGCCACGGGGUGUCUGGCUCCUGUUCCAUCCGCACCUGUUGGAAGGGGCUACAAGAGCUCCGCGAUGUGGCAGCUGACCUCAAGACCCGCUACCUUUCUGCCACGAAAGUGGUGCACCGGCCUAUGGGCACCCGCAAGCACUUGGUGCCCAAGGACCUGGAUAUCCGACCUGUGAAGGACUCAGAACUAGUGUAUCUGCAGAGCUCCCCUGACUUCUGUAUGAAGAACGAGAAGGUGGGAUCCCAUGGGACCCAAGACAGGCAGUGCAACAAGACCUCCAAUGGCAGUGACAGCUGCGACCUCAUGUGCUGUGGGCGUGGCUACAACCCCUACACGGACCGAGUGGUGGAACGAUGUCACUGCAAGUACCAUUGGUGCUGCUACGUCACCUGCCGCAGGUGUGAGCGCACAGUGGAGCGCUAUGUCUGCAAGUGAGGCCACGCGCUCCACCCCUGUGGACGGGGCUGCUCCCUCAUAGCCCGCGGAAGGGCCUGGAGACCCUGGUGGGCUCCCCUGAAGAGCCCAGAUGCCUGGCGCGGGAGGUGGCUUGUGCUGGGACUCCACUUGGAAGCCACUGGGAACAGGAGGCCUGGCCGCCCCGGGAGGGCCGGGGCAUCAAAGGAAACUGAUAGGAUUAAAAAUAACCUGGCAGCCUGGUGCCUGAGUGCCCACAUGUUGCCUUCCAGGCUGCUCCAAGAAGCCAGGGCAGGGAUGGGUAAGACUGUGUGUAUUUGACCUUUCAAGGCCAGAAAGACCAGCCCUCCAGAAUGUUCUUUGGGACCCUGUGCCCACCACAUGGAACCACUAACUUGGGUUGUAAAUUUUUAUUUUCCUUCCCCCCCUCCUUUGGGAUGUGGGAGCUACAGAAAUAUUUAUAAAGUAUAGCUUUUUCUUUGGGGUGGCUCACUUCAAUUCCUCUUUAUAUAUUAUAUAUAAAAUAUAAAUAUAAUGAUUAUAUUUUAAACAA